CUGUACAAGAAGACGGGUAAACCGUCUGGGUUGACAACUACGUAAUUCACAUUGUCUUCGGUUUGCUGGAGUCGAAGAGCCUCAACGUCACCUCAUCAGUGGCGUUGCCUUCUCAAGAAUGUCGGCUCACGCCACCUGCCCUGCUCCCCGUAAAGUUCGCCAUUUAAUGUUCGCGUUAAACAUUUGCGCACGGGAGGGGGGUGGAGGAGGACGGGGGAUUUACAGCUCCGAGCCCCGACUAUAAGGGGCCACGGCUUCUUCGGCAGCGGUGAGUGCGGCCUCCCGUGAGCGGCGAGCAGCAACCAAGAUGCCGUACGAAGACUACGAGGCCGCGUCCUACUCCACCGUCAUGCUCCGCUACUCCGCGACGGGGAACGUGUGGGCGUGCGACUCCAACGCGACGCUGUGCGAGGGCACGUCGUGCCUGGAGCCCGUGGGAAGCCACAACCAAGUGCUCAACUUCACGCUGAGCAUCGUGCUCACGCUCAUGCUGGCGCUGGUGAUGUUCGCCAUGGGCUGCACGGUGCAGAUUCACAAGGUGAUUGCUCACCUUCGCAAUCCGUGGGGGAUCAUCAUCGGGUUCGUGUGCCAGUUCGGCUUCAUGCCCCUCACGGCCUUCGCGCUCGCCAUAGCCUUCAAGAUCGAGCCCAUUCAGGCCAUCGCCGUGCUCAUCAUGGGCUGCUGCCCCGGCGGAACGACCUCCAACAUCAUCACCUACUGGCUGGACGGGGACAUGGACCUCAGCAUCAGCAUGACCGUGUGUUCUACGCUGCUGGGCAUGGGGAUGAUGCCGCUCUGCCUCUUCAUCUACACCCAGACGUGGACGGACUCGGCCAGCAUCGCCAUCCCCUACGACAGCAUCGGCAUCACCCUCGUCUCGCUGGUCGUGCCCGUGGCGUUUGGGAUGUUCGUGCAGUACAAGUGGCCCAAGAAAGCGAAAAUCUUAGUCAAGAUCGGCUCCGUACUCGGGGGCAUCCUCAUCAUCGCCAUCUCCGUGGCCGGGGCGCUGCUCUACCAGGGGGCCUGGGACACCGAACCCGCCAUGUGGAUCAUCGGUUGCAUCUUCCCCAUCAUCGGCUACGUGCUCGGCUUCGGCCUCGCCAAGCUCGUCAACCAGCCCUGGCAGAGGUGCCGCACGAUCGCCAUGGAGACUGGGGCCCAGAACAGCCAGCUGUGCACCACCAUCGUCCAGCUGUCCUUCACUCCCGAGCAGCUCGUGCGCAUGUUCACAUUCCCGCUCAUCUACAGCGCCUUCCAGAUGGCCACCGCUUUCAUCUUCGUGGCGAUCUAUCAGAUUUACAAGCGCAAAUUCAAGAAGACGCCUCCUCUGGCGACGUCAAACGGCACUGCCGGAUUGGAGGCGGACAACAGCGCAUACAACCCAUAUGAGGACGCAGGCAGCUUCGUCAAACAUCGGGAGAUCGCCGGCACUUCUCUGUAGACGCUGCAGGAUGGGGGGGGGGGGGGGGGGG